AAUCUUCACCUACCCUCAGACGAGCGAUGAUCCUGAUCCGCGCGGGCGUGAUCCAGGUGGCCAACCCGGAGUUCGCGGUGGAGACGACGGAGUGGUACAACUACCCGUCGUUCGUGGACCAGCUGGCCGCGUUCGUGGUGCAGCCCAAUGACAUCUCGCUGGUCAAGGCGCCGGUCGACAUACCCUACACAAGGCUAACGCAGCCGAUCCGCAUCGCACCACGGGCCGACGCUCUCCGCAACUACGACGGAGAGAAGCUCAUCGCUAGCGGCCACGGAGUCACCAUGACUGGGGGCAGCGUGCCUGUCAACCUGAACUGGGUGUACCUGCGAGGCAUCGACAACGAGCAGUGCGAGGGCACGUUCGGCACCGCCCUUAUCACCGACAACGCCGUGUGCACGCGCUCCUACAACGUCACCAGCCAGUCCACUUGCCACGGCGACAGCGGAGGUCCUCUGGUGCUGGUGGGCAGCGAUGGAGUCCCCACCUUGAUCGGCGUGGCUUCCUUCGUGGCCGGCGCCGCGCACGGCGGCUGCCACUCCGGACUACCCGCGGCAUUCGUCCGCACCAGCCCAUUCCACGACUGGUAUACCGACAUCACCGGCAUCGACUUUGAUACACUGAGCGACGGCGAGACUGAGUCGCCGCCCACUGACGCUCCCACCACCACCCCUGAGCCUACCACGACUCCUGGGCCUACCACCACUACUCCUGAGCAUACCACCACUACUCCUGGGUCUACCACCACUACCCCUGAGCCUACCACCACUACUCCUGAGCAUACCACCACUACCCAGGCCCCUGUGACUACCCCUGAGCCGGAAGAAUCGGAAGAAUCACCAGAAGAAUCUGAAGAAAAACCGGAAGAAUCGGAAGAAACACCGGAAGAAUCGAACGAAUCAAAUGAUGGCUCCGAAGAAGAUUCCAGCGAUGUAGAUUCAGACGAAGACGAGGAUGACAAAGAAUUAUCUGAGCUUCUCAAGAAACUGGAAGUGCUCGUGAAAGUCAAGGUCAAGAUGAGCAAGCACGGCAACAAACACGUCAUCAACCACGACAAGCACAUCACGCACCGACACUAACCUAAUAAAAGUGUGUUGAAAACUUGUUUAAGGCGGGUUUUAGAAUCGCGCUGACCGCUCGCUGAUCAUCGGCGCUGACAGAUCAAUAUGUAUGUAAUUGAAGGGAACGUUCCUGAGUGACGCUGAUCGCUCGGCGCCGACGCUUCAUACAUUUCGGCUAUCAGCGCUGACGGUCAGCGUGCGUCAGCGUGACUCUAAAACCAGCCUAAAAGACAGACACGUGAAAAUAACACCCCUCUCUUCCGUCGGGGGUUAGACGCUUGUAUAGAAAGUUAACUUAUAGUUAUGAAUAAAAUGGUAUUAUUUAUUUCUGUUUGUAAUCGCUACGUCAUAA